AUGGCAGCUCUGUUUGGACCAUGGGCUGAUUUGAGCCAGUUCCAGACAGUGGAUGACGUUUUGGACCACUUCCGAGUGGACCACUUCCGAGUGGACGAAGCUGUUUGGCUCGCAUUUGAGCGCCAGGUGGGAAGCCCUGGAAGUGAUUUGCGGCUACUUGCAUCAUUACCGCAAGUGGCAUUGGUGACCGGGUGCAACAACGCACUCACAGACAAUGGGCCGUUUUCGCCCAUAGAGGCUACUCAGGUGGGAUUGGUGUGGCGCUUGGCCAAAAGAAUCAUGGCGGCGAGAUCAAAUGUGACCGAGGAAAACUUCAUAGACGUGGACCCUUGGAUGGAGCAACAGUCGAGAGACAACGAUCCCAGAGGUGAACAGCAACAGAGCACACAUUCAGCCUGGAAGGCAUCGUGGCAUGUCUUUCGCGCGGCUUGCCUGAUGUUGAACAUUUGUUCAAAAGCAGAUCUUGAGGCCUAUUCCCACCAGAUAGAGAAACUCAUGGUGCAGUGGCCGAAAACAUGGUGGCUGAUCUACACAGCCAAUGACUCAGCCAGAGCAGGGAGGCUGGAGAAGUUGCGUCGAAGAUUCACCAUCGAUGCAGGACAAGGAAGACAAGUUCCACGUGACUUGGACCCCAUCCGACCAUGGUCAUGCAUAUUCACCCAACUGGCAGCAGAUACAGAUUACUGGACGGAGAGGGUGCACCACCCUGCAGCAGCUUGGACAGCUGCAGGGGGGAGGGGCGCCCCAACUGUGGCCAGCGAGGCAGCGGUGCUGGACGUCAUCCAAUGA